AAUUCACUUUCUCGCUUGAUUCGGUCUCUCUCUUCUUUAAUCAUCGAUAAAAGCAAAGAAACAAGAUCGAAAAAGUUAGCGUCAAACAUUCUCCACUUCUCUCUCCCAAAAGAAAACUCACGAAGAAACUGCUUCUUCUGACUUAGAUCUAUGGCGAACAUGAACACUCUUCAACAGAUGAUCUUCCCUGACGAGAACGCUCCGAUUCAUCGCAAAAAGAGUGUUGCUGCUGCUUCUGUGAAAAGUACCAAAGGAACUGUUCUUGGUCAGAAGAAGAAACCUGGAGGGGCUCGUAAGGCUCUGAAUGAUAUCACAAACAAGUCUGGUGCUCAUCCCAAAGCUUCUUCUAAGAACAAGCAACUCGUGUCUGCUGCAACUGCUUUAAAGGGAGAAAUCAACAUAGCUGGAGAGAUGUUCUUGCAUGAUCACAGCAAGUGCAUCAAAGAGCAGCAGAGUCUCUGGGAUGAUCACUUCUCUGCUGAUAUUCUACUCCACCAUGAUUCUUCUAGCGUCAAGGGAAAGCAUCUCAAGUAUGACACAGAAAUGAUGGAUGGUAAGAACAAUCUGACUUGUGAGGAACCAGAAGAGAUUCCAUCUCCCAAGAUGACUGAUUGGCUCAAGAGCUCAACUCCAUGGCGCUCCCCAGUCCGUCAUGGCUCUUUGAUGAUGCCUUCCACUCCUCUGGCUUGGCGGUUUGAUUCAGAUGAAUUCACUCUCAAGGAAGACCUCUUCUGAAUCUCAUUACAAUCUCAUUCAUCCUUCAGAUGAAGUAGUAGUAGCAAGCAAUUAUCUUUUGUUUAAAGAUGCCUCAGUUCUUCAUGUACUUUUAACAACUCUGUAACUGAUUUCUUGAAAUAAAAGAGUUGGAAUCUUUUCAUUCUCA